GCGACGGAUCCGCGGUGCGGCCCUUCGGCCCCCUCAGACCCCGAAAAAUGGAUUUGGCCAACCAUGGACUUAUUCUGCUGCAACAGUUAAACGCCCAGAGGGAGUUUGGUUUCCUGUGCGACUGCACAGUUGCUAUCGGUGAUGUUUACUUCAAGGCCCACAAAUCCGUCCUGGCUUCGUUCUCCAAUUACUUUAAGAUGCUAUUUGUCCACCAGACCAGUGAAUGUGUCCGCCUGAAGCCGUCGGACAUCCAGCCCGAUAUCUUCAGCUAUCUCUUGCACUUGAUGUACACGGGGAAGAUGGCACCGCAGCUAAUCGACCCGGUCCGAUUAGAACAGGGAAUCAAGUUCCUGCACGCCUAUCCCCUCAUCCAGGAAGCCAGCCUGGCCAGCCAGGGAGCCUUCUCGCACCCGGAUCAAGUUUUCCCCUUGGCCUCGUCUCUGUACGGCAUUCAGAUUGCAGAUCACCAGGUAAGACAGGCCCCGAAGGUCGCCUCGGCCGCCGACAAGCUCGGGCGAGAGCCGAGGCCGCACGCGUCCGGGGUGACUCAAGACCCGGUGCCCGAAGGGGCCCAGCUCUCCCGGUUAACGCCAACCGUGACCCAAGGGAAUCGGACUGACGCGACCCCCUCGGAACCGUUGCAGCCCUCGCUGUCCCCCGAACCCGUCCCGACUCCCGUCCCGCCGCCCCCUCCGGGCGAGGAGACGAACAUGGAAGCCUCCUCCUCGGACGAGCAACCGGCAGCCCUCACGAUAGCCCACGUCAAGCCGAGCAUCAUGAAGAGGAACGGCAGCUUCCCGAAGUACUACGCCUGCCACCUGUGCGGGCGGAGGUUCGCCCUGCGGAGUAGCUUGCGGGAGCAUCUCCAGAUUCACACCGGGGUCCCCUUCCAGGCGGGCCAGCGGGGCGAGAGCGGCGUGCCCCUCUCCCUGUGCAGCAGCGUGGCCGACCUAGCCAAAGACGCCCUGGAAGCGCCCGAGGCGGGGAUGGCCAGCGACGGCGAGCUGCAGCCCGUCUCCGACUCCCCGAUAAUCGACGGGCAGCAGCAGGCGGAAACCCCACCCCCUUCGGACAUCGCGGACAUCGAUAACCUGGAGCAGGCGGACCAAGAGAGGGAGGUGAAGAGACGCAAGUACGAGUGUACCAUCUGCGGCCGCAAAUUCAUUCAGAAAAGCCACUGGCGGGAGCACAUGUACAUACACACCGGCAAGCCCUUCAAGUGCAGCACGUGCGAUAAAAGUUUCUGCAGGGCCAACCAGGCAGCCAGACACGUGUGCCUGAACCAGAGCAUAGACACGUACACCAUGGUGGACAAACAGACUCUGGAGCUCUGCACCUUUGAGGAAGGGAGUCAGAUGGACAACCUGUUGGUGCAGACCAACAAACCCUACAAAUGCAACCUGUGCGACAAAACGUUCUCUACGCCCAACGAGGUGGUCAAGCACCCGUGCCAAAAUCAAAACUCUGAUGUCUUUGCUUUAGACGAGGGGAGGUCCAUCCUCCUGGGCGGUGGGGACUCUGAAAUUACGGAGCCGGACCACUCGGUGUUAGCCUCCAUCAAAAAGGAGCAAGAAACAGUGUUACUGGAUUGAAUGGGUUACCGGUUUUUUACGCAUCGCUUUCGUUUUGACAAAAGACCGUUCUUCCUUUCCCCCAACCGGGAGUAUCGGCGAAUCUCCUGGGCACGAUAGGAAGACCUCCUCCUUCCCUUUACCCUCUUUCUUCCAAGCCCCCCGACCCACCUUCGAACGAGGUUUUGUGCAUUGUAAGCCUGGAGCGUGUUCAACUUCUAACACGAAAGAAAAGUUAAAGGGGAAUGACCAGUACCGCCAGCAGACUCGAGAAAUAGAUCUUGAGAAAGUUUAGGCUCUUUUAAAAGCAUAUUUGGAUGAAGGAUACCCAUUAGAAACUCAGUUAGCCAUUCGGUAAACUAAAAAUCGUGUAAUUAUAACUAUUUCCCCAGGUCUGCUAUCUGAGAAGGGCUAUUGUCCAGUGAGCGUGUGCUUCUUAGAUCUAUAGCUAGGUACUGUGGAAAAUACUGUGUAACAGUUAAGAGAAAACGUUAACCCUGAGAAAUUUGUUAAUAUUUAGUUUCCCUCAAGGUUUUCUUUCAGGUCACAUCAUUUAUUUACAUCCUCCCCCACCCCCAAACAUUAAUUACUAAACCUACUUUAACGACAAAAGAGUAAUAAUAAUGUGAUGGCAAUCUUUUUUUAGUUUUGAAAAACUGUUGAAAACCUGUGCGUGUAUGAGUGUGAGAGAGUGUCUAAGUGUUGCGUGACUGAUAUAUUAUAAACAGGUGAAUAAAUGCACAUGCCUUAUCUAAGUGUUGGCCUUCUCUUUCCGUAUUGAACCAAAAAGUCUCAUUUUGGUGAGGGUUUUUUUUUUUUCCCCUUUAGGCCCCUAAAAUCAGGUGUUAUGCACAAGGCUGUUUUUAAAAAUCAAAUUCAAGAUACCAUGUGCUCAUUUAAAAUAUGACUGCUGAAUGGUAAAUGACAUGAUCAAUAUUCUCAACCAUAGAGGUAAACUGUGAAACUUUGUACUGGUGAAUGUUGUUUCCAGGCUGUUCCAGCAGUCACCUUAUUGAAUUCACCUGCAGCACUAACAGAGUUUUAAUCUCUUUAAUCCUGUUGCAAAAAUGAAAGGGUGUUUCCAAGUGCAAGCUUGUUUCCCUAAAAGAUAGCGGCAGAAGAAGAAUAUAGUGAAGGUGUAGGUUCGUAAAAUAUUCUCUGUAAGCGUGUCUUGGAAGCCAUCCGAUUUAAAGGUCUAAGUCGGAAAAGUAGGAUAAAAAGCUGGAAGUUGCUAUUCGAGAUAGCCCGUGGUUUUGAUGUUCAAUAUGAAGUUUUGAAAUUUUUUUUAAUGCCUGACAAAAGUGGCCAGGUUGGCAGCGGUAAAAAUGUCCAUUAACCUGUUCUUAAGCCAGUAGGAAGGUCUCAAAGGCCAAAAUUCAAGUCCCACCAAAACAAAAAAAAAAAAAGGAGGAGAAAGGGGAAGGAAAUCCCUAAAGUUCAACUCUGUGUAUAUGUUAAACUGAAUUUCCCAUCAUUCUACUCCAUGUAUAGUUGAG